GUACCUGUGAGGCCCUGCACUUGGCAGCGGGUGUCGGCAAUGUGGCCUUCCUUGACUUCCUGGGGGAGGCGAAUGCCGAUGUCGAUGCGAAGACCCGAUUCGAUGGCAAGGACAAUUAUACAGCGCUCCAUGAAGCAGCUUUCUUCAAGCAGACGGCGGCAAUGCUGAAGCUGUUGACCAUGCGCGCUGACGUCAACUCUCGCAACAUGAAGGGCCAGACGCCGCUCCACAUCGCAGCUUCCCAAGGAGGCUACAUCGAAUGCCGGCUCUUGGUGAAGCAUCGCGCCGAUGUCGACGUGAGGGACAAAGCGCACUUCACCGCCUUGGAUUCGGCUAUGGAGAGUGGCCGCUAUCCGCCCCACAAGCUCUUCCAUCUCACGGGUCGUGGCUUCAGCGACCUUCUGAAGGUGGCGUUGCACAGCCCCUCGGCCACGACUCACCUCCUGAAGGACGUGGCCGAGAACAA